AUGAGGGAAAGUGACAGAAGGAUAAGUCAAGGUAAUGAUGGCCCUGUAUCUCCAAAUUGGCUUUUCAUCGACUCAUUUUUAAUUAUUGAAAUGACAAAAACAUUGCCAGUAUUAAGUCAACUCUCAUUUGAAGACAAAGUUCGGCUUUAUACUCGAAAUGGACUGGCAACAAUUGUUUUUAGUCAAUUAUAUUACAUCCUUUAUUAUUACAUACUCAUUCGAAACUUUUUUAUCUUGUAUUCUACAAGCAUAUAA